UCGAAAUGAUUAUUUAUAUAAGUUUUAAUCAUGGCUAUGAAUAAAUUCAUGCAUUCUCGGAAUGUUUAUAAUGUACCGGCCGAUUUUGCGAAAUUAGCAGAAGAAUUUGAAGAAUUCAGAUUAAUAGUCAAAACUAAUGAAAACGGAAAAGUUCAUAUUAAUUUUAAAGAUGAGAACGCAGUUAAAACACUCACAACAUGUCUUUUAAAACGAGAUUUUAAUUUGGUCGUACAUUUACCACCAAAGCAGUUGGUUCCAACGUUACCAUUGCGCCUAAAUUAUAUUUUAUGGCUUGAAGAUAUUGUGAAAACAUUUCGUUUUGAAAAUGUGAUUGGCCUCGAUAUCGGUUGUGGUGCAUCAUGUAUAUAUCCUUUGUUGGCAACCCGAAUGAAUUCAAAUUGGCGAAUGUUUGCCAUUGAAUUGAAUGAAGAAAGUGUCAAGUAUGCGCGAGAUAAUGUAAAUAAAAAUGGCUUAAGUGAUCAUAUUCGAAUCAUCGAAUGUGCUUCAAAUGAUGAUCCACUUGAUUUAUUUCACCAACACAAGGAUUGGGAUAAAUUUGAUUUCACCAUGUGUAAUCCGCCAUUCUUUGAAGACGAACACGAAUCAGACACCGUCAAAAAACGACAAUCGGUUAAACGAAAGCCAGCAAAUAAUGCCAAAACAGGUAUCUCAUGUGAAUUGACAACAGCAGGGGGUGAAGUUGAGUUUGUGAAGAAGAUGAUUAAAAGAAGCGGACAACUUAGGAAUGUGGUGAACGUUUUUACGACAAUGCUGGGUCACAAGACGAGUAUGCAAUCUAUUUUAAAAGAAUUGAAAGAUCAAAGAAUUACUAAUGUAUGCUGUAGUGAAUUUUGCCAAGGAUGGACAAAACGAUGGAGUGUCGCUUGGACAUUUCGAAAUGACAUACUUUUACGUAGAGUUCCAAUCACUGGGCAAACACAACCGAAGCCACCUCAUCGUUUUUUACCAAAUGAUAUCGAUGAUCCAGAUAUUGCUACCAAAAAACUGUGUCAAAUUCUAAGUGAACUAACCGAUGUCAAAUUAACCAAUCGCGAGAGAAUCGAGUCUGGGCAACGGUUCCAGUUUAUAGCGAUUACUGAUUCCUGGAAAAAUCAAAGACGUAAACGUCGUCAACAGACUAGAGAACAACAAAAACCUGACAAUAAAGAGGAAAAAGGAGUAGAUCUAGAGAUUAUAAAGAAGCGAAUCAAACUUGAUCAAAGUCAAAACGAAGAUCAUGUGCAAGAGGCGGGGCAAGAAGAGGUCAUGAUGAACAGAUACUCAAGUCCUCAUUUACAUAUUGAUGUUACCGUGGAGUUAAAGACUCUUAGCGAAUUUAAAGCCAUCGUCGAAGUUAAACUGACCUAUCUUAAUGGCAUUGGCGGUGUAAAUGGAGUCUACGAGCUACUACAGUUUAUUCAAAAUAAGUGGUGAACUUGCAUAUUUUAUAAAAAGAAGUGCAAUCAAACUACUUUACUAUGCUACUCCAUUAUUAUAUUUAAUAAAUAUUAUUUAUGAAUGCAAA